AUGGGUUCGAAGCCGAGUUCAACGGCCAAAGUUAGUCCACUGUCGCCGUCUGAGAAACGAGGUGCACAAAAUAUAAAUCCAGAAAAACAGUGGAUUAAUCCUCAAUACCAUGAUGAUAAACGCACGAAAAUUAAAAGACCUCAUGAGGUUGAAAAUGAGAUGUGCAAUCCACCAAUGAUGAUUGCUAGAGAAGUGAUGAAUCGCGUUCAUGGUUCUAUGAUUGGCAUGGCUUUGGGUGAUACUCUUGGUGCUUCUGUCGAAUUUAGACCUCGAAAAUAUCUGCUUAAGAAUCCAGUAACUGAUCUCCAGAGUGGAGGAACAUGGGGUUUACAAAAAGGACAAUUUACCGAUGAUACUUCGAUGGCAUUAUGCUUGGCUAGCUCACUGGUGACAAAAAGUAGUUUUGUUGCUUACGAUCAAUUAGUUCGUUACAAGCUUUGGUACAGACAUGGAUAUAUGUCGUCGACUGGAGAAUGUUUCGACAUUGGUAAAGCUACACGAAAUGCUCUAGAAGAAUUUGAGCGUCGGCAACAGAAAUUUGCUAAGGAACACAAUAUUUCUCUUGAUGAAAUCGAUCAUAUUGAUGACCCACGUUUACUGAAAAAUUUCAAUACAAAUUGUGGCGGUAAACAAGAAGCUGGUAAUGGAGCGCUCAUGCGCCUCGCACCUGUACCACUUUUCUUUCAUCGAGAUCCUGAAAAGGCUGUUCAUUAUUCGGGUGAAAGUUGCGGAACUACGCACGGACAUGAGAAAGCUUAUGACGCAUGCCGAUACUAUGGAGCUCUGAUUGUAGCUGCUCUCCAUGGAGAGUCAAAAGAGGCAUUGAUGAGUCCAGAAUUUUAUGACAAGCACAGACAUUGGUUUGGAAAGAAACCGCUUCAUGAUGAUGUUGAAGCAGUUGCAAAAGGUUCUUAUCGCAAGAAAGAAGGUUAUGAUGAUGGUAUUCGUGGAAAAGGUUACAUUGUCACGACACUAGAAGCCGCCUUAUGGGCAUUUUGGGCCGAUGAAAAUUCAUUUGAAAAAGGUGCUUUACUUGCUGUUAAUCUCGGCGAUGAUACUGAUACGACAGCCACCAUCUAUGGUCAAUUGGCAGGCGCAUUUUAUGGCUACAAUGCCUUGCCUAAAAAAUGGAUUCAUCAGAUUUAUGCUAGAAGAUUUAUCGAGUAUUUAAGCAAAUGGAUUGUCUAUGAGGGAGAUUCUUUUUCUAAAUCUAAAUCAUAG